CCUUCCCUUCCUCCUCAUCUUCUGCUGUCUCUCGUCUCCCCGCACCCUCUCUCUACUCCGCCCUCCCCCCGAUCUGCACCGCGUGCCGGAGCCCCUCCGCGCGCGCGGCGCCGGCGGGGAGGCCCGCAGUGACGGCGGGGACGGCCUCUUGUCCUUCCUGACCACGCUCUAGCCUUCUUGCAGCUGCGGGCCGGCGCGCACGGGCCGGAAGAGGGGUUCUUGGGGGACCGAACUCCAUCCCGCCUCGGUUCGGAUCGAAUUGAAGGGGCAACGGAAAAAAAAGAAAUUUUUUGGGGGUUCAGCUGAACAAGCCCCCAUGCAUCACGUUAGGUCCGGCACCGGCAGUCCAGAUGCUUCCAGUAAUUCCAAUAAGCGCAAGAGGGGUUCCUGCUUCGUGGAGCAGAAUAUGGAUGAUAGGAAUUCGAUCCGGAUAAAGCCCGAUGUCAGCGAUACACGGGAUAAAUGCGGCCAUCGUUAUGUGAUUGAUCUGGAGAAGCCGGCGACAUCGGAUGAUGAUGUGGAGUUUGUUUCUUAUGCCGGCUUUGGCAACCGGUCUCAGGGAUGCUAUGUUUCAGCGGAGAACUGCUCAACUGCAGAAUCCAGCCAGCUCUGUAUGGAGCGGAAUGCUUCCCGUGUAAGCCCUGGUUCAGUUGGUUCCAGUGAUACUCCGGACUGCCAAUCCCCUAUCAAAACUGAUAAUACAGAAUCCAGGCAUUUGCUGAUCGACCUGAAUGUACCUCAAGAAGAAAGUCUCCAUGUUUUCUAUGCACCAUCUCAAAUAAAAUGUCCCACUUUAGUUAAUUCUUCAUUGUCACACCCUGGAGAUUUUUGGAAUGGCUCCAGCAAAGUUUACAAAAAAGAAUGUGGCUCUGGUGUUGGAUCAUCAAAAGAAUCUUCCAUUAUGGUGGUUGCGCCCAGCUCUGCUCCUGACAGUUCAAGGGAAGUUAUAGCUGCAUAUCCAUUUCAUGAUCCAAAGAAUCUACAACGUUCAGGGGAUAAUCUACAUACAAGAGAAAAUGACCAGUAUGAACAUCCAGUGGAUAAGUUAUGUGGAUCCAGCAGUCAGUGUUUCUUGCCACAGCAAAGAUUUUCUGUCAGUCCCAGUGGCAGAAAUGACUCGUCUUUGGGUUUACAAAAAUCAGGUGACAAUCUUGUUGCCCGCCAAUCAGGACAACCACCUCUGGCUGUGCCUACUAGGUUCCAACAUAAUACGUCUACUAUAAUAUCCAGUGGUGAAGAGAAGAUCCUUUUUGACCUAAAUGUGCCAGCUGAAAGCAUUGACAUGGAAUCAACGAUAACCAGUAAUAGUUUUAGAGAUAAGCUAGUGAAAAAUGAUGGAAGUGAAGAAACAGUAACCGACCAUUCUUUCUCCAUGAGAAAUGGUGUGCAUGCUGAAACUUUUACAGAAGAGCAACCUGUUGGAGACCGUCUCAUAUCGGUGAGCAAGGAUGGAAAUUCCACAUUUUUGCAGGUGUCAAAAAAUAAUGAAAUUGAUAAGACGCAGUCUUCAGACCUUCUGAGUGUUAACAGCAAACAUUUGAUUGCGGAAAUUCCUCAUGUUGAUAAUAUUGUCUGGCCACAACUGCGAGCAUCUCAUGAUGGAGCAUCAAGUCCUCAAGAGACCUUGACAGGUAAUUGUGACGAAGUGGUUUGUAUUGCAGCUGAGACACUUGUUUCCAUUUUCUCGAGUUCUGCGAGUACUACAUAUUGCCCAGGAAGCAACAGUCAGACAGCAGCCGAGGAUGGAAAUGAUGAACCUCAGCACUCAUUGGACUCUUAUGAGGAAAUUGUAUUGAAUGUAGAGGAGAUCAGAGAUGAUGGCGAAUCCGUCCCUGUGAUUCCACCCGAUAAGGAUGGACCCUCUUGUGGGAUCAAGCUGAGGAGAGGAAGAGGAUUGAGAAAUUUUCUUAGGGAGAUAAUGCCUGGACUUGUUUCUCUGGCACGGCACGAGAUAUGCGAUGAUUUGCAUGCUAUAGGAUUCGAGCCCAGGAAAACUCGAUCUAGGAAAACUUUUGGGGUUCAAGGUUCAUCUUCAACUAGAGGAAGGCCUCCCAAACAUCGUACCACUGCCAGGAAAUGAUCAACAGCAUUUCAAGUUCAUACUAGGAUGCCGUGAGACUGUCAUUCCAGAAGAUGAAAUAUAAUUUUAACCUUGUGAAUAUUCAUGUGUGUUAUGCGCAGCUUCAAACUUGGUUUGUUACUAGUCACUAAAUUGAGGAUAUCUUCUUUAUUCCUUUUAACUCUGUUAACUUUUGGGAGUGCUGUGGGCCAUUAGCUUCAAAUUUGAGUUCAGCAUUGGCAAUGAAGGCGUAGUCAUACCAUCAUAAAA